UCAAUGUCUCGCUGAUUGCUAUAUAACGAAUACAUUUUUAAUUACAAAAUUACUCUAGAUUCAACAAUGUAUACGUUGGGUAGUUUAGUAUUGUUCCUGUAUGUUGUUUAUGGUGUUACCGCCAGAAGCUGUGGAAAUUCAGAUGAAGAGACUCUAAUUUUGGCGCAUGUUCUUUUUCGACAUGGAAACAGAACAGCAGACAGCAAGGCUGAAUUAUAUCCAAAAGACCCUUAUUACAAUAAAACGUAUUACCCAAUAGGACUUGGUCAACUUACUAAUGCUGGAAAGGCGAAAGAGUUCAGUAUAGGGGUACAACUGAGGGAAAAGUAUGGUGAAUUUUUGGGCAAUGAUGUCUAUCCCCAAUUGGUGGAUGCCAGAUCUUCGGAUUACAACCGCACCAAGGCGUCACUUUUGUACGCCCUCGCCGGACUAUUUCCGCCCAGAGGCGAGGAAGUUUGGAGUCGUUUGGAUUGGCAGGCAAUCCCUUACAAUUACCAGCCAAGAAACAAGGAUCCAUUGCUGAUGGGUAUCGAAUGUCCUACAUAUCUGAAGGAGUAUGACGAAAAUAGAUAUUCAGAUAAGCAACAGGCGGAGUUCCAGAACUACCGUGAUAUUUUCGAAUAUAUUUCAGAAAAUUCAGGACUAAAUGUUACUAGUUUUCAAGAAAUAUACAACAUGUACUUCGGAAUUUCUACUGAAGUUGAGUUUGGCUUAAAACUUCCAGCAUGGUUGGACAAAAUUUGGCCAGAAAAAAUUAUAGAGUUGUCUGUAAAAGAAUAUUAUGUAUCUGUUGCUACAACUAAUUUAAAACGAAUGGCUGCAGGUUAUUUGAUUCAGAAGAUUGUUGAUGAUACCAUUGCCAAGACAAAAGAAGAUCCCAAAAACGAAUUUAAGAAGAAACUGUACCUUUAUUCAGCUCACGAAAACAAUAUUGCACAGAUGAUGAUAACGUUGGAUAUUUUCGAUGACAAAAUACCAAAUUAUGGCUCCUUUAUUACUUUUGAAGUACAUAAUAUUAACAACGUAAUCGGCUUUAAGAUUUAUUACCAAAAUUACUACAACGAUGACGGCCCACAAUUGUUGAAACUGCCAGCCUGUGAUGAAUUUUGUCCUUUAGACAAGUUUGUUAAAUUAUAUGAAGAGUAUUACCCUACGGAAAAUCUAUGUGGAGAAUAAGUAACACAUUAUUUAAAGUUUUAUUUAAAUAGCGUGUAAAAUUAUUUUGUUUUUAUGUCAUGUUUAUCGUAAAAUAAAUUAGCGCAUUUUUGAAAA